GGCCCUAUAAAUGGAGCAAGUCUUGGGGUGCAUUUGAGCAGGUUAUCUGCACCUGUACCCAAGGCUGCAAGCAUGGCUGUCUCAGUGCUGCGGCUGACGAUCGUCCUGGGACUACUCAUCUUGAUCCUGACUUGCCAGGCCGAUGACAAACCAGAUGACCAGCCAGAUGCCUCAGACAAAAAAACAGAGCCAGAAUUCCCCAAAUUCCUAAACCUUUUGGGCACAGAGAUCAUUGAGAAUGCAGUGGAGUUCAUCCUUCGCUCCAUGACGAGGAGCACAGGAUUUAUGGAAUUUGAUGAUAAACAAGGAGAACAUUCAACAAAGUGACUUCCCAGGACACACCCCACAAGAUUCCAGAAUAACCCAAGGGCAGCCAAUCCUGCUUUUCCAGUUCUGCUUCAGGAGUCCUCCAGAGCAGAGGCCCCAAAAGCAGCUCCAAGCAAGUUCUCAGGAUUCAGGACCUGGUUCAACCAAACACAACUAUUUUGAACAUCCUGACUUAGCAUUCUUGCCUCUAGAAGUCAGAAUAAAUGUGUCUUCUUAAUGUCACAUA